AAACGCGAAUUGAUCGUUGACGGUGCCGGUGGAUGGGAUUUUGUGGUUCUUUAGCAGUGAUUUUGUGCAGUUGUUGGUGUUGCUGUGAGGGUUUGUUUUAUCUGUGGCGGAGUGAAUAAAUUCCAGAGGAUUUGCUAGAGAGUUUUUUAGUGAAUUCCCAAAAUGAUGGGAAUGAAAAUUUGUUGAUGAGUGCAGUGAUUUGGCUUUUAUUUCGGGAAUAAAAAAAAUGGCUCUGCAUUUAACGGAGAAACUUCCGGGAAAUUCUGGACUGGCAAAGACGCCCUUCCUCAUUGAGGAUAUUUUGUAUCAGAGCAGCAAUGGCACAACGAAGAGCCCCCAGAAGGGUGGUGGGCAGAAGCAAGUGACUUGUGGCAGUGAGGCGGUAAAUGGACGCGAGGAAGAUUACCAGAAAGUGGGGCAAAGUGAUAGAUACUCAGGAAUUGUCCACAGCAACAGUGCCGGCCAUCAGCCACCUCCGCCCACGUAUACAUCCCUGUAUCCACCCACGACGGGACCCUACGGCGACACGGGAUACCUACAGAUGGCUCUCGGGGCCUACCUGACGCCGUCGGCUGGUGGUUACAAAAGUGUCGAUCCCUAUUUUCUAUCACAAGGAAUUUUCGCGGGAUCACCCCUUUUUCCGGGCAAUGGAUGUCCAGACUUGGCAUUGGGAUUGGGAAUGGGAGCACUGAGGCACUGUCGUCGGCGGAAGGCUCGGACGGUGUUCAGUGAUCCCCAACUGACGGGACUGGAGAAGCGCUUUGAGGCUCAGAGGUACCUCUCGACGCCCGAACGGGUGGAGCUGGCCUCUGCUCUGGGUUUGAGUGAGACACAAGUCAAGACGUGGUUCCAGAAUCGACGCAUGAAGCACAAAAAGCAACUCAGACGACGCGAACUCACCUCUUCAACACCUGCGGAACCGGUGGAUUUUUCACGGAAUGACAACCAACAGAGUAGCAGCAAUUCUUCCAAUCAUCAGUAUCACCAUCAGGGAGGCGAUGGGGAGGCAAAGAAGUCCAAUGAGAGCUCCUUCUUGAUGUACACGGGGCCCAAAGACCUCUACCCGGGCAAUCAGAACAACAACAAUGUCUUCGAGAAGCUCCGUGAUUUUCGGGUGGGCAAAGGGAAUCCUGACACCCUCAGCGACGACAACACAGAUGAGGAGAGCAGCGACGUGGACAUUGUGGGAGAUAUUAAAAAUCAGAAUAUCGGGUAAGGUGCUCAUACAGGGGUGAUUCUCCUCCCCAUUUCCACCCUGCAGGAAUGCUCAAUAUUCGGGGCGUGACAUUUUUAGAAUCCCCAUGGGGUUGUCUGGCCAAAGGAAGUUUGAUUUUCAUUUUAUUUGCCCAGUAUGGAUAUCUCAUUCAUUGAAUAAAUAAAUUAUAAUUAACCCUUCAA